GUGUGCGUGUGUGUGUUCGUGCGCCUGUGUACAUGGGAAAUUGUAUAUGUCCGUCUUGUGUCUCUGUGGGAAGGAUCAUCAUUUUCCCAGCUUUACGUUGUGCCGCUUGUUGCCGUACCGAACCGAAGAGGCAGCGUCCCGUCCCGAUACACUCCAGGCAGCGCCAGUGCAGCGCCACUGCAGCGCCGAUACUAUGACACACCGACAGUCGGCCACGCGGUCACCGUUCGUUCGGCGCACAGCCUGCUGCGAUAGGGAAAAUGCUGGAUGCGAUUGUGUACAACGGCUGCACGCAUCGAUUGCUGCGAUUGGGGGUAGCGCUUGUGUUUGUGAGCACGCUGGUGGACUUGCUAGCCGCGUCACCGACCACCGUGUACGAUAGUUACGGCGACAACCGGGCGCUUCCGGUGCGCGUAGACGACCGCUCGAGCGGCGGCACCUUCUUCUCAUCCCCGCUACAUCCGCCACUUUCCGCACAGCAGGGCGCAGGGGAAACGCUCCCGCCAGUGCAACAGCAGCUGGUGGUCGGCGGUGGCGGCGGCGUGACGCGCGUCCCGUGGUACGGCCUGACCGAGCUGUCCGACGUUUUGCUACUCGGUGUGCUGGUGACAGUUGCCGUGCUCGGAACGCUACUGUUCGUUGUGUUAGUGUUGGGCCUGCGGGCCAAGUUGCACCUGCUGCGGCAGGACCGGGCUGCCGCUGGGGACGAUCGCGCGGAACUGGCCGCGGACUAUGCGCAGGAGUGCAGUGCGAUCAAGUGCGUGGGAAGUGGAGGGAAAGGGAAAGUGAUCAAAACACCGCCAGCGUCGCCUCCAAUCUUGCUGCUGGAAGCGGGCGCAGUGGUGAAACCGGUGCCGACCACGUGCAUUGCCGUGACCGGGGUGAACGGGGGCCGUCGCCGUACCGAGCAGCAUUUAAACCAGUCCGACAAGCGGCACCGCUCACCGGGGGGCAGGGGGAGCAAGAGGCGGCCGCCACCGGUCGCCAGUGGGCAACCGUUGCCGGUGGCAACGGUAAACAUGAGUGCGUCGAUCGGGGCAACCGCGUCGAUCGAUUCUGCCAACAGCAGCGCUAGUGGGCGCGAAACCACCGAGCACGUUACCAUCGACGAUAAGGACAGGCACCAUCGAGGACAGCCACGUGCCGAGCAGGGCGAAGAGCAGCAGCAGCCAGUGUCACCGCUGCCAUCAGCACCACCACCACCGUCCGACAAGCGGAACGUGCUCAAACGGCAAGCCGUAGCGGAGCUGUCCGUAUUUGCCGGUCUGCCAGCGCCGGGAACGCCCGGUAGCGGAUCGCCCACCGCCUACCUCCAGCUGCUAACGCCACUGUCCGCCUCGUCGCUCUCCACGUCCGCCGCUACCACCGACAAUAAUGCGACCCCGACGAAGGGCGAGCCCGGUGGGGGCAGCGCGGCCGGCGGCGGUCCCCUGUCCGCCGCGGAAUCGAUGGCCGCCGCACGGUUCGGCUUUUCGCCCCGGUCGAUACACUCCUUCACCAUGCAGACGGCCACGUACUUUCGCUUCCCGGACGUGGACGAUUUCACACCGACACCGCGCACGCUGCCGAAGCGGCACGGGGCGCCGGCGGCGAUGAAACCUGCUCCACCCCGCCCGCCGUCGAUGCGCGCACCGAAGAGGAGGAGGAGGACGGUGGUGGCCAACCCUCGCCACCGGCGAAAGGAGGAGGGUGAAGGAGGACGGAACAAAUGGUGGCCAACCAACCUGACGGAGGGGGCGCGGCUGGUCGAGGAAAACCUCACCUCGACCAUACCGGUGCAGGAGCUGGUCGGGAUGGCAGCGCACCGAACGGGCGGAUUCGCGAAGAGAACGAACGAGAUGCCCGAUGACCACCGAACGCAUCGCCACCGAUGCGACGAGGACGGGAAGGCAGCCCGGCAACGGUCGGCGGCACGGGCGAAGCGCGUCCGGCAACGCAGGGCAGACCGCCGCCGCCGGGCGCCUCCCAGUCGACGGGGUUCGUUGCGAAACCGAUCGUAG